UGCGACAGCCCCAAACAACCGGCGUCCCGUGUAGUGCCUGAAUAAAAUUCAAGUACGUGAAAGCGGUUCGGGUAUCUGCGUGUUUACUGGUACAUUUUACUUUAUCUGUUUCAACAACAUUAGGAGCCUUUAACGAACUUUUACCUCCUGUUAUUAGAAGGAUGUCUUGCUUCAAGGCAGAUAUAAACUUUUGCCCGGAAUGUGGUAAUAUCCUUCCGAUCCCUGGACAUCAUGAUUUUAUUACUUGUCCUCGAUGCGCCUUUAACAUCCCAGUUCAAGAACUCUCAGGGCAUGUGAUCAAGUCAUCAGUGGUGUUUAAUCCGUUGGAAAAGAGUUCAUCUGCUGUAAUGAGUGAGGAAGACUCUGAGCUAAAAGGCCCAGUGGUCGACAGAAGGUGUUCACGCUGCAAUAAAGAAGGAAUGGUUUAUCACACGAGACAAAUGCGAUCUGCUGAUGAAGGCCAGACGGUGUUUUUCACAUGCAUACACUGCAGAUACCAAGAAAAGGAGGAUUCCUGAGAGGAGAGGCGAGGCGAGGGUUGUUUUUUUUUAUAAGGGGGAACUACAAAUUUUCACUUCUCAGACAAUAAAGUGUAAUAUAAUCUCUCUGUCUUUCAACAAAACUAGUAUACAGUAUAAUCACACUGCGUGUUGUAUUUAAAGAAUAAAAAUUGUUUUUUAUUUUAUAAGACAGAAAAUGAGUCUACAGUAUUUUUUUUAUCUGGGUGUAAUGCUCGAUCCUGCUUGUUCAGUGGAUUUUGAGUCAUUUUCUUUAUCAGCAGCUGUGAGAGAUCAGCCACAAAUCCCAGAUGCACUCGAUCUAAUGGCAUAAUUUCUGUAGCAAUUUGCAUACAUUAAUCAGUUAUAAUGACGAAUGAGGACGAAGUAUAACCCUUGAUAUGGUGAAGCUUUGUGAAAGCAGAUAUUACAGUAUUACAGUCUGGGAGGAGACGUCAGUGUCACAGGAGGACUCUUUGGAGUUUGUGUUGAAGUGAUUUGUGGUUUCAUGAUGACAUGCACUAUUAAAAUUAUUAGUCAUAAUAGUAUUAGUAUUAUUUUCUUCUUACUUCAGUAACCUCAGGAGACCAAAAGAGUGGAAGAUAAUUGUUUCUAGCUGAAUAUAGAGGUAAGGGCGGUAGUAGUUCAGGUGGUUAAGGCUUUGGGUCGUUGACCGGAAGAUCAGGGUUCAAGCCCCAGCACCGCCAAGCUGCCACCAGAGGGCCCUUCAGCAAGGGCCCCAAUAUACCCUGCUCCAGGGGCACUGUAUCAUGACUGACCAUGUGCUCUGACCCCAACCCUUGGAUGAGAUAUACGAAGAAAGAAUUUCACUUUGCAGUAUGGUAUAUGUGACAGAUAAAGGCUACACUGUUAAGCUUGCCCUAUAACAUCAGAUGUAAUUAUAAAUUCAUUAAAAAAAUAAAAGUAUAGUUUCUAACAGAUUGCUGAGGAAUAAAACACUUCAGGUCCUGCUGUUACUGGAAAUUAUUCAACGUUGGCAUGGUAACUGUAAGUCCACUUCAGCCCACCACUCUGUUGAUUAUUUUCUUAUUACAGCGGGACAUUAAGGGCUUUAUUUCUUACAUAACACAUUAAUGCUAAAAGUUGCUGAAUGUAGGUUUUAUAAUCACAGUUAUUAAAAUGAUAUGAAGGUUAAAUGGCUGGGGGGUUUUUUUGGACUCUAAACCAACAUGGACAGUUUUGUGUGGACAUUAGAUUGACCAGUAGUCAUUACAUAAGAUCUUAUAUAUAUUAUAUAUGCUUCUGGUUUACUACUAAUAGUCUGAAAUGUCAAGUAUCAAGUACUUUUUAUGAUUUUUAGAAUUAUUUUCAGGUCUUUUUUAAUGUUUUUU